AUGGCCAUCCCGACGACGAUGCGCGCGCUCGUGGCACCGCGAAAGUGCGGGCCAGAAGACUACGAGGUGAUUGAGCUGCCGGUGCCGAGCGUCACGCUGCCGACGCAUGUGCUGCUCAAGGUGCAUGCGGCGGCGGCGAACACGGGAGAGCUGCAGGCGUUUGACGGGCGGUUUGGGUUGCUUUACACGCCCAAAUAUCCAGCUCCCAUCGGUCUCGAAGGGUCCGGCGUCGUAGUCGCCGUCGGAUCCGCCGUCAAGGACUUCAAAGUCGGCGACCACGUCUACGGCGCAUACAUUGAAAAGCCCCUCUUCCGCAAGCCCCCCGCGGGCUUCGCCGCCGAGUACUCCCUCGUAGAAGAGGCGUACCUGCUGCCCAAGCCGGCGCACCUAUCCUGGGAAGAGGCCGCCUCGCUGACCACGGCGGUGGUGACGUCGCACCAGGCCUGGCGCCGGGCCAUGCAGCUCAUGAGCGUGCAGAGCCUGGAGGGCAAGACGGUGUACAUACCCGCUGGGUUGAGCAGUACGGCCUCGAUGGCGGCGCAGGUUGCGAAGAAGGUGCUCGGCGCGGACAAGAUUAUCACGACGGUGUCGACGGGCAAGAUGGACCUGGUGGAGCGGUACAUGCCGGGGGUGUAUGACCAGGUGAUUGAUUACAAGACGCAGAGGCCGCGAAACGUGGUUCCUCGUGGGAGUGUGGACAUCAUGUACAACACGCAGUGGGAUAGCAUGGACGAGGGCAUUCCCUUGAUCAACCCCAAGACGGGCGUGCUGGUGUCCAUUGCGAGCGUGCCGGGCAAAGAGACGAUGAGGACCAUGUUAGGCGCGGACAAGUUCUCCUGGUGGAUGGGCGUGCUGCUGGAUCUGGCGGGGUUGAUUUACAAGUGGAAGCUGAGGGGAACAAACAUUCCGCACGAGUUUGUGUCGGGCGGUGUCGAGAUCCGGGAGGACUUGGAGGCGGCGGGGGAGAUUGUGGCGCGGGAGAAGUGCGGAGACCAUUUGUCGCGCGACCAAGCUCGGAAAAGCAAUGGGGAAAAAAUAGAAAAGCCACUCUACGCGGUUGCGCGCAAAAACCAACCGCGACACCGCGCCAUGGCCUUUUCCUCAGCUCCAGAAUACCAGCACAGGGAUCUUGUCGCCCAGCCCGUUCCUGUUGGUUACCUGAACGACCGGCGCCAGUCCGUCUCACUCAGCAUUGGUUCGUUCCCAUAA